UGAUGAACGUCCGUGGCGCACUGACUCACCGACCUCAGCACCAAAACAAGCUCUGAGCCGCGCACACGCAGCGACAGUGACCAUUGUGGAGUACAGCACCAUGCAGGGAGAGCAGGGAGAGGACGCCUGCUGACACACAGACUGGAUACUAGUCUUCCCUCACCUUUGGAUAACUUGGAGCUUGGAGGCGCUUUCUUCUCUCGCACAGGAGCUACAAGGAGAACUCCCAGGGAGGGACUAUAAGGAUUUAUCUUUAUUUUAGAUUUUGUGUCGCUCUCUCCCUCUCUACAUUUGUUUACCUCGGUGUAAAUACUUUGGAAUAGUGAGGUUUUGCUGCUUUUAUUGGCUGGUGACGCGGCUGCCCUGGAGAAGCGAGAAGGAUGGCAGCUUGGUUCACCUUUACCAUCGCGUUCAGCACCACGUUAAUAACACAGGUGUUCGGAUCCGGCUUUUUUGAGCUCAACCUGCACGAAUUUAAAAAUCACAAAGGUUUGCUGGCAAACGGGAGCGCAUGUAAGCCCAGCUGCAGGACUUAUUUCAGAAUUUGCUUGAAGAACUAUCAGGCCGUGGUCUCGCCAGGUGACUGCAUCUUUGGGAGUACAAUGACACCAGUGCUGGGGACAAACUCUUUCAGCGCCAAGGACAGUGGCACUUUACCAAGACCCAUUCAGAUACCGUUCAACUUCGGCUGGCCGGGGUCAUUUUCAUUAAUAAUUGAAGCCUGGCAUUCACCUUAUGGAAAUCUACCUGUAGAUACCAACAACCCAGACUUUCUGAUUAGCUUCUUUGCCAUCCAAAGACAGCUGGGUGUGGGGACUGACUGGUCCGAGCUCACGCUGACCGCAGAGCAGAUGGAGCUGAGAUAUUCUUACCGGUUCAUCUGCAACGAAAGUUACUACGGAGAAAGUUGCUCCAUGAAAUGCACGCCCAGGGACGACCGAUUCGGCCACUACACCUGCACCCGAGAUGGGCAGCUGUCCUGUCUGCCUGGCUGGAAGGGCAUAUACUGCGAAGAACGGUCACGCAGAUGCUUGCCUAUGAGUGAUAAAUACGGGAAUCUGUUUUGGCCUAUAUCCAAACUCUCCUGA